AACGUUCUCGUACAGGUACGAGUACGAACCGAAUUUCAUUUCGUGAAGAGUACGAGUAGAGUACCGGUACGUACCGUACCGUAUGGCAUGGCUCAGUCCGAAAGCAAGAGUUGCAGUUCAUUACAGUACAACACUCGUAUCUGUUUCCUCAUUGUAUGACUACCAGGUACUUCGCACUCGACAGCGAUAGAAUAUAUAUACCAGCAAUGUAAAUGAUCACAAAAAUCAGAAUGCUACGAACGAUCAUUAAGUGCAGUUUUGUCGAAUCUGAUGGGAAACAAAGCAGAAUCAAGUGAUAGCAAAUAUGAGUGAUAGCGAAGGCGUUUCGGGAGUUUCAUCUGCUACCUCGUCGCUUGGUAGGAACACUGCCCCUAUCUCUCCUCGUGAAGCGCACGGUGCUAUCGACAUGCCCCCUUUGAUCCAUUCGUCCGAAGCGAUAGAAAUGAGUACUAGAUCAUCAGAAGAGCAAAAUACAGAAGAGGCAAAAUCACCGGCACAACCAGUCCUCCCUGACCCAUCUCCAGAGCAACAAAAAGUCAUCGCAGCCAUCAAAGAAGGAAAAUGUGUCACAGUCAGGGCCUGUGCAGGAUCAGGAAAAACGACAUGUAUGUUGCAGGUUGCGUCUAGUCUACCUUCAACCCGGAAGGUGCUUAUAAUUACCUACAAUCGCUCGCUUGCCGACGAUUGCAAGGCUCGGAUCCAAAAACUUUCGCUGGGUCACAGGGUAAGCUGCUACACGAUUCAUGGACUAGCUAGCCGUGUUGCGGGAAAAGUCUGUAACGACGACCAUAAAUUGAUCGAAUUACUGAAUCAAUGGGACAACARUCCACGAUCGGUUAUGUCGCACCCCGUGCCAUUGGAUAUGGUAAUGCUCGAUGAAGCACAAGACCUGAGGCCACUCUUCUACAAGGUUCUAUCGCACAUUUUUCGUACCGUCUGUGGUGGUGCAAUUGGGAACACAAAUAGAAGUAUGCAGCUCUGCUUGGUUGGGGAUCCCAAACAAUUGCUCUACGACUUUCCCACUUACGGAAGCGACAAGGCAUCCGCUUCCUUUUUCUUGCAGCCCGAAUCCUACUGGAGUCAGUUUACACGAAACCGAAAGUGGAUCCAGCUAUCCCUUUCCGUAUCGUAUCGGCUCACGCCUUGCAUCGCCUCAUUUUGCAAUUUAUUCUGGGGGACAUCCAUGGUUGGGGGAAACACAUCGAGCCAUAAUCUUCCCGUGCAAUACCUCAUGAAAUAUGCCUAUCCAAAUACCAGUUCCCGAUAUGAUCCCGAUAAGCUGAGCACCUCCUUCCUGGCCAAAAUAAUCGACAAGCACGGACCAGAGAACGUUUUAUUCCUGGCGCAAUCCAUUAAGAACGUUGAUUUGCCGAUUCGUGUUCACGUCAAUGAAUUGAUGAAGAUCAAGGAUCGACAUACUGGAAUGCAGAAAUACAAUUUUCACAUCAAAGAGAGUGUCCGGGGCUUUGAAGGAAACGUCGAUUGGAAGAACAAAGUUCGUGUGUGGACUUUUUGUGGAAGCAAAGGCUGUGAGGCCGACGUCGUGGUUGUAUUUGGCUUCGAAGUCUUUCGGAAGCCUCACGGGUUGAACCAGAUUGGUGUAGCCUUAUCGAGGGCACGAAAGCGAUUGUUCGUCAUCCAUGGAAAAAGAUAUAUCCAAGGCCAAUGCCUUCCAUUGACAUAUUACCCGAUUCUUGGAGAUACUCCAUCAAGAAUGGAACAGCACGUCGUUCGUUGGGGGGAAAAUGAUUCACAAAUACUUACGCUCGACGUUCCAGACGUUGGGCGUGGAAGAAGCGAUGUGACUAAAUGGGCACUCGGACAACUAGCCGACAAGGGGGUGAUAAAAAUCGAUUUCGGCGCAAGUGAUAAUGAUACAAUGCCUCAGUCUGUUGCACUUGCCCAGCAACAAGUCAAGGAUAUAUAUGUCGCGUCUGAAUUUGGCUACUUUUCAGCUCUUGCCGAGACCAAAUUCUUGCAAUACGGAGCCUGGGAGACUAUUGCAAGCAUGAAAGAUGGAAAAGAACGAAACAAGAGAAUACCAUAUGAAACUAACAUUCAGUUUGCGACAACUACAGAAGACGUAAGCGCUCUAUAUGGAGAAGCAGUAACUUAUAUGCUCCAGUGGGAAAUGUGCAAAUCCGUUCCCAAUGUCGAGACUGUCGUUUCAAACGGAAUUAUCCGCCUUCAUCCACAGUCGCAAUACACCGAACAACUAAUCCGGGAACAUCUGCGUGAUAUUUCGUGCGAAGAACUUAGUGAAGAGGAUAGCCACCGUUUGGAAAGGGAAUUUGCCACCAAGGGGAACAACGUGAAGGGUGCAUAUUUGAUAAACUUCAUGAACGCACAUUUGAGCUUAAAGAAGAAACGAGUUAUUAUCGAAGGAGAUCAGGUUCGCGAGAUAAACUUUCGCGUUAAGGUCGUCGAAUGUAAAAGCGAAGAUGACGACAAGCAACUGAAUGAGUUUUUACCACAAAUCAAAGCCAUAUAUGAGUUGGAGAUGUCAUCUAAGAGACCCUUCCACUGGGUUUAUCUCGCAAAUGCCGUCAUGGCGUUUUCUAAUUAUCAUGAAAAGUUUCGACAGAUUGGAACUGAUCCAGACUCUUAUGAGUCUUGGGUGAACUCCGAAGCUCUUCUCGAUGGAUUGGAACGACUUCGGAACACAAUGMAACUCAUAUCCUCUUCUUCCUCCACUUCGAAAUACGUCGAGAACGAAGGUAAGAGCAUYGACAAAAAUAUUUAUGGCAACAACAAUAUAUCCAAUUGUAAGGGUACUUUCGAGCGUGAGUUACACAUCGAUUUUGCCGAAGACGAUUGGAUCCAUGAAARAAAUAACGGGAGAAUGGUUGUGGGCGUUGGUGGAAUAUGUGAUUGGAUCAAUGGGGAUGGAAUUCGACAAAAUAUCAGGAGACAAAAAUCAAAGGGUGAUUCUCUACAYGAUGUUGAUUUAUUGGAGAUAAAGUUCGUCCAUCAGCUCAGCAAUAUUCAUCGGUUGCAGGUGUUGGUCUAUUGCGCUCUCUAUGUCUUGGAACUCAAUAAUCAGGAUGAGGAGAAGAAAAAUGGUGUAGAAAUCCUCAAUGAUUGCCAUGUGGAUAACGACAACAAAGAUCUCGAGGUGGAACAGAAUGUCGAGUGUUGCAGGGGAAUGUUAUACAACGCUCGAACAGAAGAAAUGGAGAUUUGUUCGAUAMAAGCAUGUGAUGCGAUGGACUUUCUCCUCGAUAUUUCACAAUUUAAAUACAAUGGGAAGGAUCGGAAGCAAGAGUUAUUACAAUUGAAGCAGACGGCGAAUAAUUCAGUGGGCAGUGACGAAAUGAGUAUUUCAUCGUCCUAUAGACCAAAAAGGCCAAAGAAACGACUUGAGCGCAACUCAGGUUUAACAUAUUAUACGGCAUUUGCUGUAGACGACGAUGAAGACGACGAUAAAGACGACGACGACGACGUAAAAGCCAGUGCCAAAGCCAGCAAUGGUAGAUGUCCUCGAACCUACAGAUGGAAGAAACGACCCAAACCUACUUCAGAGUCAGCGUUUCAACCAGGGACAGGAACUGACGAUGAUCCUAUUAUUCUAGAUUGACACACACCAGUACCACCCAAGGGGAACUUUAUGAUAAUUCUGUGAUUAUUCAUAUUAGUCAAAAAGUAUUCAAAGUACUAGUAGUCGAAACUCAAAAUUUGAUCUGUCUUCACCCGCAAAUGAAAUUCUGUGAUUGAAUCAAACUGGUCAAAACAAAAGAAAUUGCUCUUUGUCCAUGUCCAAUCCAUAUUGGGUGAUGCCUGUUAAGCUAGAUUAACUUGAUUUGAUAGACAGACGGACAAAAAAUGAGGUCUAGAUUGACUAAAUCUAGUCAUUUUUU